AUGUUCAAACCACGGAGCCACCUGACCCGUGGGACCUGGCGAUGGAUGCGCAUGCCAUCCAUGACAGCACCAGCACCAGCACCAGCACCAGCACCAGCACCAGCACCAGCACCAGCACCAUACGACAUGGCGGAUGGAUCAGUAGCGAGGACCUUGGGUCAAAUCCCGGACGACGAAGCGUGGCAUAGAACUAUUAUUCUCCCCCGCGAUAUAUUGGAUAACCCACCGUCUGGCGAGCACGAGGUGGACUGGGAAACGGAGUCCUCCCACCGCAUUUGGGGUUGCGAGCUUCUCCAGGAGGCUGGGGUAUUACUGAGGUUGCCCCAGGUAGUCAUGUGCACCGCGCAAAACUUGCUUCAGAGAUUUUUUUACCGGAAGCCCUUGACCAAGUUUGACGCUUUCAGCGUAGCGAUGGGGUGCAUGCUACUGGCGAUGAAGAUCGAAGAGGACCCACGCCAGCCUCGGGCGGUGGUGCUUGUCUUUCACCGCAUGUUUGAACGGCGAAUUGGCGUCGACCCGGCGAUUGUUAUUCCGCCGGAGUCGCUGAGGGUUUUGCGAGACGAAAUGCUCCGUGUUGAGCUCCACGUCCUGAAGGAGCUUGGGUUCGGAUUCUACAACAUCAUGGAUCACCCACACAAGUUCAUCCUCUAUUACUUGAGAGUGCUGGAAUUGGACAUUGAAGGAGAUGUUUCACAACGUGCUUGGAACUACGUUAACGACUCACUGCGCACUGACCUGUCCCUGCGUUUUCGCUCGGAAGUCAUCGCGUGCGCAGCAAUCUACAUGGCCUCGCGUUCGCUUGGAAUCAAGUUGCCUGACAACCCGCCGUGGUGGGUCCUCUUCAACGCAGACAUGCAAGAAAUGGGGGAGAUCUGCAACACCAUCCUAGCCCUCUACCAUCGACCUAAAGUGGCGUUCUUAGAACCGCUUUGCGAUAACAGCGUUUUCAGGAGAGGAGGUCCGUUGCGAAUAGAUGCGGUUGUGCAGAAUAUCCAGGAGGUUUACGCGCCAGCUGACGGAGUGGAAGAAACUCCGGCGGCUGCUCCAUCCGAAACACAACCUGGAGAUGAACCCUGCACACGUGACUCCGUGAGUGUUUCGGCGGUGGUUGCUGAACCAGUAUGUAACAACUCUGUCAGUGUUGCCAACAAUACUCCUGAAGCGCCUGGUCCUUCUGAUGUCCACGAGCCUGACAGCAAUGGCGCUGAAGAACCAUCUACCAACAAAAGCCAAGAGCGGGAGAGUGACAGCAGGAGUGAAAGUCGAAGCAACAGGAGCCACAGCGCAAGCCGCAGCGCACUAGGUAUCGAACGUGAACGUGGACGCGAGGAUGGUGCCGACCGAGAAGCGAACGGGCGACCGUCUGAAAGAGUGCAGGAUCGAGAGAGAGAUCGAAAACGACCUCGAGAGAGGGAAUCCCGGCGCAGCCGGAGUCGAAGUCGAAGCUGGAGUCGAAAUCGCAGAGACCGCAGAGGGGACAGCAGAGAGAGGGGCAGGGACAGGCCGAGAGAACGAGACAGGGAGAGAGCACGGGGGAGGGAUUGGGGAAGGGACCGGGACCGCGAGAAGGAACGAAAUGGAGACAGGCGUCACGACCGUGGGGACGCUGGCAGGAGGAGCCGAAGGUAGUGAGCCUGCCGCCAUGGCCCACAAGGUCAUGACCUAUGUCGAGCGUCUUCGUCUGUAGCAUGGGAAUCACAUGUGCAUGCAUGGCCGUUCUCUUCGGUGCUCAAUUACGUGCAGGAAGCUGCCUGGGUUUGUCAUUCAAUCGUAGGAACAAUCGAAGAUCUUUGUAUGUUGUUUACUUUCUUUAUCACAUCACGAGCGUGUGACGCCGUCGUACGUACCGACAAACGGCGACAAUAAUAUUUCGAUCAAAGUGGAGGAUUGGAGGCAGCCCUGACCAGGGCAAACACAGCUUUCGGAGCGCGAAGUGACUGCCUGUGAUUUAUCUUAUCUCAUGAAGUCUGAAGCUGUUGCCUCUUGGUGGUUACCGCGCGUGAGUAACCAUGCCGGCAACGGGGCACGAAAUCUUGCGUGGCUAGUCUGUGGUCGAGAAGUGUCUAGUUCAAUUCAAUUGGGGAAGCGGCCUGGCACACGGCACUCUUUUUCAUAAUUGUGCUGGUUUUCUCGCAAUUCCCUUUUUUUUCCCGAACGG